AUGGCAGCCUCCACAAAACAUGUGAUAUUUAAUAAUGUUUGCAGUCUUUGUCGAUUUUCUCAUGUUUUUUUUAGAAAAAUUAGCAAAACAGCAACAAAGACUCAGUAUCCAGCGUCUAUAGUUCUGAAGGAAACCACUGUUGAUCCUGUUGCCAUGGAGACAAUGGAAAAGGAGAAGGUGACAAUGAGAGUCCAUCCGGGGGUAAUGAGAUUGAAAACUGUUAGACUUCCCGAGAGGCUUGAGAGGGCUGUGCAGAACAUAGUGGAAAAGUACCCUAUCCAUGACAUGCAGAAACGAGUGAAAGCAUUUCAGAACUAUCUUCAUGGUCGACAUCCACCUAUAGAACAAGAUGAACUGAGAUUACGAGCUAAAGAAAUAGAAGAGAAACUGUCUACAGAUGCAGUGUUAGAUUUGUCUUCAUUACCAAAGGAUGAAGUAGACAAAGUAGAACACUCUAGGAAAGCCAAACUUUUUCAGAAACUGCGUGCAACAAUCUACAAAUGGAAACCACUAAGUUUUGAUGCCCCCGGAUCGUUAUUGUACAUGGUGUCUAGACUUUGCCAGGACUACAGUGUCAUCUUGAAGUGUUUCUCUGAGAUUUCUAAACGAGAUCCCAGGUUUCAUCCUAAGGCAUUGUUUGACUUGGGAUCUGGUGUCGGAUCUGUUAUCUGGGCUGCCAAUGAAGUGUGGAGAUCCAAAAUUGUGGAGUAUUUCUGUGUGGACAAAUCUGUGGAUGUUAGUACAUUGGCAAGACUGCUUCUGCAAGAUGGUGAGGAACAGAGAGAGAUGCAUGUUCGUGGUGUUUACUUCAGACAGUUUCUUCCCACUACUCAAGAGAACACAUUUGAUAUUGUUGUCAGUUGCUAUACAUUGCUGGAGCAGUUAAAUAGGCAAGAAAGACUUGACAUGGUGCUCUCCCUUUGGAAAAUGACUGAUAAUUACUUGGUGCUUGUUGAAAAUGGGUCUGUUCCUGGGUUCCGACUCAUAAAUGAAGCCAGACAUCAUAUCCUGCAGUCUGCCAGUGACCAUGGUGAUGAGAGGUUACAAGGUCAUGUGUUUGCCCCUUGUCCUCAUGAUGGACCUUGUCCAAAGCUGACCCAGAAAGGAAUUCCAUGUUUUUCACAAGUCUUCUACAGACCUCUGAAAAUGUUAUCAAAAAGUGAUGUAAAAGUUUCUGAAAGAUACAGUUACGUCAUCCUUAAGAAGGGAAAGAGAACGGAAAUGUCCGGAUGGCCACGAGUUGUCCAGGAAGUGACAAAGGCUUCCAAACACAUCCACUGUCACGUAUGUUGUCCCAGCGGUCAGCUCCAUCACGAGAUUCUCACCAAGAAGAGAAAUGGAAAAGAUCUGUACCAGUGUGUGCGGUAUACCAGCUGGGGAGACCUGCUGCCUGUUAGACUAUCUGGUGUUGUGCCGGAACAAUCAGAACAAUCAGAGCAGUCGGAACAAUCCAGUGAGAACUCAGAUUCUCAAUCUGAAGUUAAACACACAACAGACACUGAAUCGGACUGUGCAGAGACCGAUAAUCCAGAGGAGAAACCAUUACCCACUUAAAGAUUGCUGGCUAAUUAAUGUGGAUGUAAUGGUUUUGGAUUCUGGAAAUCAACAGUGAUAGUGAUAUUGCAGAGCAAAUAAUGUGCUAUAUGUGGUGUGUUAACCAUUUGUUGUGUGAUUGAUGUUAGGAUAUUAAAACAAAUUGAAAUUGUCUAACUCGACAAAGUCAAAAGGCAAGAUGUACAGAACAGUGGCAGAUCCAGAUAAUUAAUUUAGGGGGUCCUUAAUGACGUGGUCAAAGGUCGCAAACGUUCCUAAAGGGAUUCCUCAGAUUCUCCAACAUUAAAAAUGAAAAAAUAAAUUUAAAAUAUAACUGUCACGAAAAUUAGGGUGAGGGGCUGGAGAAUAAUACAUCAGUACCCGUUGGGGACAAUUUAUCAACAACAAGUGGUUGCCAAAUGUAUAUAAUGAGUGAAAGAAAGUUAGAUACGGUUUUAAACUAUCAAUUCUAAGAGGAAUCGUCUUUCCAAUGGGCACAAAUAUAUUAUUGUAUUUCCUAUACAUCUUCAAAAGGUAAUUUUUUAAUAUAGCUUAACAAAACACUGUUCAAAAAGACUGAAGAUAAGGUUGAAAGUGUGACAUUGUAACAGCCAGACGGAAGACUCCGGAGUGAAUUGGUCUAUGGAAGUUCAUCUCUUACCCAAGAGUGUAACAAAUAGGUUUUACGUUUCCAAUGGCGACCAACAUUUAAUUUUGGUGUUUAAGUCCAUUUUGUCAUAAACUAUAAGUGCUAGAUCAAUAUAUCUAUGUAUAUUUUUAAGGAACUAGAUUCAUUAUGAACAGAAUAUCACAAAUGAUUUCUCUAUUCAUUGAAUCAGUUUAAGGGAGGUGAGACAUGUAAUUUCACAAAAUUCUUGUUUAUAACAAAAUUUGACUACUGCAAUUAGCCAUAAAACAAUGGAAGAAAAGAGGAGCUUGUUGAAACUGUUCUUUACUAUUGUACUUGUGCAUUUAUUUUAAUUUUAGUUGCACUUCACAAACAGUAGUACAAAUGUAUCUAGUACACUGAUAAUAGUGCAAAUAACAGUUGUGCAUAAAAAUGGUUUAGAGAAAUGAUUGUCCUAUAUAUAACUUACUGCUUCUGCAGUGUCACAACUGGCCUUGAUGGUGUUGUGGUUAAGCCAUUGGGCUUAUGUCAGGUAGGUAUUGAGUUCACAUCCAGGUACCAGGUACCAGCUCCCACCCAGAACGAGUUGAACAACUCUGUGUGUAAGGCCACUACACUGGUGUCUCUCUCUCUCACACUAACCACUAACAACUAUCUCACUGUCCUGGACAGACAGCCCAGAUAGCUGAGGUUUGUGUCCAGGACAGCGUGCUUGAACCUUAAUUGGAUAGAAGCACAAAAAUAAGUACAUAUAAAUGAGUGCAGUAUUACUGUCAGGUCAAGUCAUAGGGUUUUACGUGCACAUUCAGAACAAGCUGUUGUAGCGCACGCCUGUCCAGGACAGGAACGUAUUACUGUUCGAUUUUGCAUUUUAAACCCAUGGAAAUAUAAACAGAACUUAUUGGGUAUCGUCAUGCAUGAUACUCAUGGUUACAUUUUGACUAAUUGUUACAUUAUAUGUUUGUUUAUUAUUGCAGAAUAAAGAUGUUUUUAAAACAAUACUUAUGAUGCAUUAUUUA